GGAUACUCUCCCUUUUCUCUCAUCACAUUUUUUCAUGCAUUUCGUUAUUUGUAAUUUGAGAAUAAAAUUUUUAGGCGAUUUAUGACAAUGUAAGAAGGCUAGAACGGGCUUACUUUUCAUUGAUGUAUAUUAGCUUAAUAUGUGUGUAUAAUAUAUUUACGUAUGCGAAUAUGCAUGAAUUAUAUGUAUAUAUUAACAAUUGCACGCAUGUUCAAUAUUAUAAAACAAUAAGUAAUAAAUAUAAAAUCAAAAUUAAUAGGAUAAUACAGAUGUCUAAUAUUAUUUUCUUGUUUUCUUACAAGCGAUUUGACGUGAAAAUUAGAUAACUAUUUUUAAUUCAAAAUAUCGGUAAAUUUUAUUGAGCAAAUGGAAAAAAGCGUACUUUUCACACGUUACAGAGAAAAUCUCAAGUAACGUAUAAAUUUUGCAAGACGUUUCAUAAAUGUCUCGUGGCUCAGCUGUAACAUGCAUUCGAUUCGUAUAAUUGCAGCAAUCUUUCUUGUUAAAAGUAUUAUGCAUAUAUUUCAAUGAAUAUAUUAAAUAAGAAAUUAAUUCGGUGCUCUACUAAAAAAUGCAAAUAAAUUAUUACGUAAGAAAGUAGUAGAUUGAAAAAUGGUUUUAGUUGUAAUACAACUUUCUCUGCAUCAAACAAUGCUCCAAGUUUUUUAGCAUCUCCUACACAUUCUGCAAAAGAGAAUCUUCCGUUUAAUUCGAAUCCUUACAUAAGUUUCUACGAUCAACUAUCAUUGUUUAACAUAACAGUACAAAGUGCAAUUAAGGUGUCAUUUAUCAAAUAUACUUGACGCUGAAGUUUGUCAGCACAAUUUCUGCUGUAGUAAGAUUGCUUGGAUUGCAAGGAUGGAAUAUGAGUGCAAAGAUCAAUUGUCCGAAACUUUACAGAAGACAUAAAUUUUGAAGAGAGUAUAGUAUAUCUGGCUAUAACACUAUAUUUUGUAUUUUGUUCUAUUAACUGUAUUAGAAAAAAAAGCUAUUUUCAAAAUUAUUUAUAAAAAUAGUUGGUACGAAACUAAAAAAGUGACAAGACAUAAUAGAUUAUCAAGUAGGAGAAGAAAAAUUAAUUAUAGCAAAAGAAAUUAAUAAAAUGAAUAACCAAAUGGACCGACAAAGUUAAUUGGCGAUAGAGGGGCCGGCUCAUACCUCACGUACAUACUUCAAUGUUUCCGUAAAGAUUGUAAACAAAGCAGAAAAUAGGAAAAACGUAGGAUAGAUGAUCGAUAGAAAGGUAUACGUCAACGAAUAUCAUCCCAUCGACGAUGGACUGCUUGAUUUAUUUCACAACCGUGCUGAUAAUAUUCGUCAGUCUCUUCUACGCGUACGCCAAGUACAGACUGUCCUAUUGGAGUAGACGCGGAGUGAAGAGCCUGCCGACGCAUUUGCUCUUCGGCAAUUUCAAAGAAUGCAUUACUCUAAAGAAGCCACCGGCUGAAGUAAUGCGCGAAAUCUACAACGGCGCCGACCCGGACGAUCUCUACAUCGGCUUUUAUAUCUUCCACAAACCUAUGUUGCUAUUACGAGACCAUGAUCUGAUCAAACAGGUGAUGAUCAAGGACUUUGAUGUCUUCCCGAAUCGACGAUUCGGUUCAGGCAUUGAGAAAGACUCGGUGGGCCUGGACAGCAUCCUAUCUAUAAAGCAGCCAAGAUGGAGAUAUUUGAGGAACAAGCUGACUCCGAUUUUGACCGGACAGAAACUGAAGAAUAUGAUACCAUUGAUGGCUGAAUGUGGAAAAUCCAUGUUGAACUUUAUCGAGAAAUUGUCGACAGACGAGGCUGGCCAAAGCAAGUGGGAGGUGAAGGAUAUCGGUGGCCGUUAUAGCACUGAUGUCAUGGCUUCUUUGGCGUUCGGCAUCAGCAUAAAUUCAUUUGAUGAAAAGGAGACUGCCUUCCUGAAAAACGGUACAAAAAUAUUCAGAGGAUUUAUGCGCGGCAUUGCGUUCAUUAUCCUCUUCUUCCUUCCUGAAUGGGAUUUUUUAGUCGCACCAUUUAUUAAACAACCCGCGAAUUACUUUCGCGAGAUUUUCUGGGACUCCAUGAAUAACAGAGAAAAGCUGGGGUUCAAGAGAGGAGAUAUGAUAGAUUCUAUGUUGGCACUCAAAAAUGGAGAACAAAAUCCUAUUUACAAGUUCGAGGGUGACAAUUUAUUGGCACAUCCCAGUAGUUUUUAUAUUGCCGGAUUCGAAGCUAGCGCGACUGCAAUCGCUUUUGCCCUAUACGAUCUGGCGCGUCACCCGGAACACCAAGAUACUUUAUACAACGAGAUAAAGACACACCUUUCCGGAAAAGAAUUGACCAUGGAUCUGAUCAAUGAACUUUCUUUCUUGGACAGCGUUAUAGCUGAAUCAUUAAGGCUACACCCUCCUCUACCUGUUACUGAUAGAAUAGCUACAAGGAAUUAUGAGUUACCAAACACUGGAUUAACAAUUGAGAAAGAUGUUCCAGUAUAUGUUUCUGUAAAUUCGACAAAUCAAGAUCCCAAAUACUUUUCCAAUCCUCGAGACUUUAUUCCGUUAAGAACAGAUAACAGAGAGAACAAAAAGUUUUAUGAAUCCUUAGCAUUCGGUAUUGGACCCCGAUCAUGUAUAGGUCAAAGGUUGGCUCUAUUAAUUGUAAAAGUGGCGUUAAUUACAAUUCUAUCAAACUACACUAUGUCUUAUGAAACGGAUAAGAAAUGUACUUCAAGUGAUAAUGAUGCUAUUCACGUUUUUACAUAUGCGGCUGAUGGUCUGUAUGUGAAAUUUAAAAAACGUAAUUAG